AUGGUCUGCGCCCUCUCGGGCGAAGUUCCCCAAUUCCCCGUCAUCUCCUCCAAAUCCGGCGCAGUCUUCGAGAAACACCUGAUAGAAUCCUACAUCGCCGAAAACGGCAAAGACCCUCUCUCCGGCGAAGCCCUCACCCCCGAAGACUUGAUCGAAGUCAAAUCAUCCAAAAUCGUCAGACCACGACCACCGAACGUUACGUCGAUCCCGGCAUUGCUGAGCGUGUUUCAACAGGAGUGGGAUGCGCUUGCGUUGGAGACGUAUACCCUGAGGGAGCAGCUUGCGACGACUCGUCAGGAGUUGAGUACAGCGCUCUAUCAGAAUGAUGCUGCGACGCGUGUUGUUGCGCGUCUGAUGAAGGAGAGGGAUGAGGCUCGUGAUGCAUUGGCGAAGAUCAACAUCUCUGGGCGUCCUGCGGCCUCCGCAAACGGUGGUGAUGCUAUGGAUGUUGACGAGAAGCCUGCUGCUGUGCCGGCAUCGGUUGUAAAGAAGAUUGAGGAGACGCACGGAGAUUUGUCUGCUAAGAGGAAGAAGAGGAAGGUUCCUGCUGAUUGGACUACUGCGGAGAUCGUCGCGGCGUUCGAAACAACCGUCUCGACAGAUGUGAUCGCGCCCAUGACCAAAUGUCUCGCCCUUGACGCUACCGGUACCAUUGCUAUCGUCGGCGGUGGCUCGCAUGCAGUUUUGUUGAAUGUUAAAGACCAGGCGACGUUAAAUGAGUUGAAGGAAGCUGGAAGCAUCGCCGAUGCAGUAUGGAGCGGUCCCACCCCCGUUACCGCGGCAACGAAUGGCAUUAUCAGGACUUGGAACCAGGACGGAUCUGUGGAGAAGACUAUUGACCCCGACAUGGGACAGGUUGUUAGUGUCGCUUUGCACCCUUCGAGAGACUUCCUCGCUGCUGUUGCGAAGAAUGGAACUUGGGCGUUGUGUGAUUUGCAGAGUGGAGAGACUGUGGCGAAAAUUACAUCGAGCGAUGAAUUCACUGUGGCACGAUUCCACCCCGACGGUCAAUUGCUCGGUGUCGGCACCAGCGAAGGCGGCGUGCAGAUUUACGACGUCCGAACCGGUCAAGUAAUGGCCUCCGUAAACACCAACGGCGGCGCAAUCACCUCCCUCCACUUCUCCGAAAACGGAUACUGGCUCGCGGUCUCCUCCGCAACCGACAAGAAAGCCCGUCUAGUCGACUUGCGAACUGCUUCCGUUACCAAAGAGUUCGACGGUCCUGGCAAGAUCAGCACAGUGAGAUGGGACUUGAGUGGGCAGUUCCUUGCGUUUGCGGGUGAUGAGGGGGUUAUUGUGCAGCAGUAUGUUAAGAGGGAAAAGUCGUGGAGGGAGAUCAAGAGGUUUGAUCGGGCUGCUACGGUUGUGGAGUGGGGAGCGAGGGCUGAGCAGUUGAUUACUGGUGGAGCUGAGGGUGUUUUGACCGUCUACGCAACGACAGAGUAA